CAGGUCAGGAGCGUCCCGAGGAAGACGUUUCUGCGGAGAUUCCGAAGGUGGUUCAUGAGGAGUUGAACCGCAUGGAAAGUGAGCUGAAAGAGCAAAUCCGUGAGCUCCAGGAGGCCCUGCGUACUGCGCCACCUGCCGCGGAAAGCGUGGAGGUUGUGGAGGUCAAGACCCAGGAGACCCAUCAGGAGGAUGCGAGAUUGAUGGCGUUGGAGGUACAGAUCUCUGAGCUCAAAGAUAAGCUGGACUCUGUCCUCCCCAGCUCGACGACAGAGCUGGCCCCCAGCGCACCAGCCGACGUCACACCUACGGUGCCUGACACAGAUGCCAGCCUGCAGGCAGGCUCCAACGAGGCCUUGCCGGAAACGACAGAGGUGAAUGGCCCAGUUGUGGUGGUCAACCCCCCUGCGCUGGUGGUGAACCCCCCUGCGGUGGUGGUGAACCCUCCGGCAGCUACCGCAGCCGGCCCUGCGGGCGCGGCCGCAGUGCACGCAGCGGCGCCGCCGGAAACAGUGGAGCUGGUGGGAAGGGUGAAAGUGUUGGAGGGAAAGGUGCACAGCUUGACGGAAGCACUGGAGGUACUUCGUGAAAGCCUGGACUUCCCCGAGGACUUGGCCCCAGCGGUCGCGGAGGGCACCGGUGCCGAGGCGACGCCGGAGACGGCGAACCCCACGCAGCCUGGCGACGGACCGGACGGGACAGCGGCGGUGCAGAUGCCGGCACCAGGGUCCAAGAGCGAGGUGCCUAGCUCCGGUCGUGGCUCCCGACCUGGUUCCAGGGAGAAUUGGAAGACUUUGGCUUCCAGCCUGGAAUCCCUAGACCUUCGCGUCACUGCCCUGGAGCAGUGGCGUGCCGCCGCCGCCCCCCACGACGCCACGGGGGGCCCCGCUGUGACCGUCUCGGAGGCACCGGCGGAGGAUGCGCCGGCGGACAAUGCGCCGGUGGAGGAUGCGCCGGCGGAGCCGCAGCAAACGGCACCCGAAGAGCGU